AUGUUAUCUCACGGCGCUCGAGAAGGGUUUGAGGUGUUCAUCGAAUCUCAAGAAGGAAGAAAUCCUCUAGUGGAGUAUCAAGUAAGAAACAUUAAAGGGUCAUUCCCUGCAUCCGAAUGUUAUAUCGAGGUUAUACCUGGGCCUUUCGCCAUCGUUACAGAGAAGCUCAACUCAUUACCAUAUCCAAAUAACGAUUGGAAAUGCCGAUAUUUUGUAGAUGGCCAACUCAUAGCUGAAUAUGCACUCAUGAGGAAUGUCGGAUCGAAUGUUGUAGAUGAGAUUUAUGAGGAGGAAGAUGAUCAGUUGUAUAGCAGAAAGUUGAAGUUCCUUCCAGCCAAAACUACUGAUAAACCAGAGGAGAUCAAACCUGGUUCGAAGGUGUUUAGUAGAGUUGGUACUAUAGAAGUGAUGAUACAUAGAGGUGCUUAUAGGGAGAUCAGUACUGAUCUAUACCAAUCGCCUGAAAUCAAGGAUUGUACAAUGGAUGAGAAGGAAAAGAAGAUGGCUUUUACAGUUGGGACAAGUGAAAGGGUGCCAGUAGAAGAUAUAGAAGUCCCUUCGUACGAUUUCAUUCCGAGGAAGAAAGGUGACAAGUUUUACAAGUUCAUCUUCAAGUAUCGAGUCCAUACUGAACUGGUUAAGCUUGGCUUGAAAGAGGAUCCGGAGACCCAACCGUUAUCCUCAACCGUCCAGCCCCGGGCGUCCGAAGACAGCCAGAACGUUGAUAGAGAAGCUCAAGAACCUCAUGUAAAGACAGAGGGAGGCCAAGAGAUGGUGACAGAUGUCGCCGAAGACGAUCUGACCAAAGACCAAUUGAAACGAAGACUCAAGUAUCUCGAGGAAUCGCUGGCAAAGUCAAACGCUACGAAUAAACGACUUCGAGCAGGUCGACCAAUGGAGGAGGAUGUUAUCGAUCUCACAGAGAUGGAAGAUGAUGAGGAUCAGGACUAG